AUGAGGAGCAUUGGAUCUGCCCUGAACCUGCUUUUGGUAUCGCCACUCUACUUUGUGUGGACCGUGGUCGCUCUGGACCUGGCACAAACUCCCUGCACCACUUUGGUCCAGGGGAAAUUCUUUGGGUAUUUCUCCUCCUUUGCUGUCUUCCCAUUGAACUCUUCUCUCUGCUCUUGGAUUAUCCAGAACCCUGACCCUCGGAGGUACACUUUGUACAUGAAGAUCCUAAAACCUACUGGCGUAUGUGACCACCAGCACAUCCGCACCUACCAGUUCGACUCCUUCCUGGAGUCCACCCGCACCUACCUGGGCAUGGAGAGCUUUGACGAUGUGUUGAAGCUCUGUGACGGGUCGACCCGCUAUGCCUUCCUCCAGUCCAACAAACAGUUCCUCCAGAUGAAGCAGACCGCGCCACCAGGGGUGGAGAGCUGGCCCGUGCGGUGGAAGCCCACAAAGGCUCAGGAGAGGGACUUCUCGGUGGAGUACCUCGUGGUGGGCAACAGGAACCCUAGCAAAGCCGCUUGCCAGAUGCUCUGCAAGUGGCUGGACGCGUGCUUGGCCAUCAGCAGCAGCUCCCACCCAUGCGGCAUUAUGCAGACCCCAUGCUCUUGCUCAGGAGGGGAGGUCCUAGACCAGGCCAGUGAGAUCCUGGGGCUCACGAGGAAGAAGGAAGAUUGCUAUAAGGAUGGAAUUUACUUGGAGAACUGCAUGAGCAGCCCCAAGGACAGCAGUGGAGUGGAGUUUCUGGGUGGUUGGAACCCGUGGUCGGCUUGGGGUGACUGCACCAAGGACUGCGGGGGAGGCCUGCAGACCCGCAUGCGCACCUGCAAGCCCCUUCCCAACGAAGGUCUUGUCUGCGAGGGAGUCCUGGAGGAAGGACGGCUGUGCAAUAGGAAGGCAUGCAAUACCAAUGGACGCUAUAAUUCCAGAAGCCAAUCGCUGAGGUCCACAGAUAACAGAAAGCGAGAGGACACUGAUGAACUGCAGCACUACGGGUACCCUGCACCUCAAAUAGGUGACCCUGCGGCGGAGGAGUGGUCCCCGUGGAGCGUGUGUUCAACCACCUGCGGGGAGGGCUGGCAGACCAGGACGAGGUUCUGCGUGUCGUCUUCCUACAGUACUCAGUGCAGUGGCCCUCUCCGGGAGCAGAGACAGUGCAACAAUUCUGCCGUGUGCCCAGUGCAUGGCACCUGGGACGAGUGGUCUCCAUGGAGCUUGUGCUCUUCCACAUGUGGGAGAGGGUACAGGGAUCGGACCCGCACGUGCAAGCCCCCACAAUUUGGUGGGAACCCCUGCGAGGGCCCGGAGAAGCAAACCAAGUUCUGCAACAUUGCACUUUGCCCAGGUAAGGCAUUUUGUUAUCUCUCUUUGGGCCACUCAGUGGACGGCAACUGGAAUGAGUGGUCGAGCUGGAGCUCUUGCUCUGCCUCCUGCUCCAACGGCACCCAGCAGCGGACGAGGGAGUGCAAUGGACCUUCCUAUGGGGGAGCUGAAUGCCAAGGACACUGGGUGGAGACAAGGGACUGCUUCCUACGCCAAUGCCCAGUGGAUGGGAAGUGGCAGGCCUGGGGAGUUUGGGGCAGCUGCACCGCCACAUGUGGAGGUGGGACUCAAAGACGUGACCGUGUGUGUUACGGGCCCUUCUUCGGUGGAGAGACUUGCCAGGGCCCCAAGGAAGAGUAUAAGCAGUGCAAUGACAGAAAGUGUCCUGAGCCCCAUGAAAUCUGUGAUGAGGAAAGUCUUGCCUCUGUGGUUUGGAAAGAGACGCCCGCUGGGGAUGCUGCAGCGGUCCGGUGUCCUCGCAAUGCCACUGGAUUGAUCCUUCGAAGAUGCAUUUUAGAUGAAGAAGGGAUAGCUUAUUGGGAGCCUCCAACAUACAUCAAGUGUGUUUCUAUUGAUUAUAGGAACAUACAGAUGAUGACCAGGGAACAUCUUUCCAAAGCGCAGCGUGGGUUGAUGGGAGAUGGGCUGUCAGAAGUGCUCCAAAACCUUGUGGAAAUCUCCCAGGAUGGGACCAGCUAUAGUGGGGACUUGCUGUCCACCAUUGAUGUACUCAGGAACAUGACAGAGAUCUUCCGUAGGGCUUAUCAUAGCCCAACUUCUGGGGAUGUACAGAACUUUGUCCAGAUCAUCAGCAAUCUUUUGUCGGAGGAGAACCGGGAGAAAUGGGAGGAAGCUCAGCUGAUAGGGCCAAACGCCAAGGAGUUGUUCAGGCUUGUGGAGGAUUUCAUUGAUGUCAUCGGCUUCCGCAUGAAAGAUUUCCGGGAUUCCUACCAAGUGACGGACAAUCUGGUCCUGGGCAUUCACAAACUGCCUGCUAACGCAGCAACUGACAUCACCUUCCCCAUGAAAGGCUGGAGGGGCAUGGUGGACUGGGCCAAGAACUCAGAGGACAAGGUCACUAUCUCCAAGAGCAUCCUUUCUUCGGGGCUGACAGAGGCGGACGACUCCUCUGUCUUCGUGGUGGGGACUGUGCUGUACCGGAACGUGGGCAACAUCCUCUCCCUCCAGAGGAACAGCACUGUUCUGAACUCCAAAGUCAUCUCCGUGACUGUGAAGCCAUUUCCCCGGUCUCUCCUCACCCCUUUGGAAAUUGAAUUCUCCCACCUCUACAAUGGAACCACCAACCAGACCUGCAUCCUGUGGGAUGAGACUGAUGGGUGA